AUGGCAGCGGCUCUGCUGGCUUCAUCUGUUGCUGUGUGGGGUGCGCCGUCUGUAGCGGCAGAGGUAAAUUCGAUGGCAGAGAAGGGGAAAAGGAGAUUUGCGGUUGGGUUGGCGUGGCUUACUGUGGGGUUGGGAUCGGAAUCAAGGCAGGUUCCGCUGUCAGAUGCGGAUGCAGAUGUAGUUGCAGACGCAUAUGUCGAUGUAGGUAGAGGUGCCGAUUCGAUUGCCAUUGUUAUUAUCCUCGUCACAGCCCGGAGUCAGACGAUUACCCAGCUUGUCGAUGAUUUCACAUCCCGUGGCGUUCCACAGGCAUCGUGGGAUUUUUGCUAA